AUGGCUGCAGCUCCACCCUCCCACUCGCGCAUCGCCGACGCUGCUCGCUCCGCCGCCGCCGGAUCCGUGGCUGGCGCCUCCGUCUCGGCGGUGCUCCAGCCGUUCGACACGCUCCGGACGCGGCUGCAGGCGGACGCGACCACGGGCACUGCCAGGCCGGUCGGCGCGACGCUCCGCGCCAUCGCCGCCGAAGGCCACGGCGUGAGCAGCCUCUGGCGAGGCUCCACGGCGACCGUGCUCCGAGUCGGCGGUGGGGCCGGUCUCCACUUCUUCUCGCUGCAGCUGCUACGCGGUGCCGCGGCUGGCGGGAGCGGACAGCGGCCUCAGUGGGUCGGUGAUGCGGCGAUGGGUGGGACGGCGCGCGCCGUGGCGGCGAGCGGCGCCGCGGCCUCUCGCUUCUCGUACGCCUCCGUCCCGGAGGCGCUCGCCUCGAUCUCAAGGCGCGAGGGGGCGUGCUUCCGGCCCUCGGCUACUCAGCCCUUCGACGUCCUGCGCACGCGCGGCAGCCUAGAAGCGGGAUACGUGUUCAUUGUGUCCCAACCAGCGCUCGAGAAGACACGUCUGCCGGCCGCACUACGCUUGCGCGCGAUGCUCGACCUGCCGGGUGGCGGCGCCGGCACGCAGGGCAUGCAGCUCAGGGCGCUGCUGGCGGGCAUCGGCCCGCGGCUGGUCAAGCGGUCGCUGCAGACGGCGCUGCUGUGGACGAUGUACGAGGAGGUCGCCGACCUGAUCACGGCUGCCGGCGCCUCGGCGCCGGCCGACGCCGUGUUCGGCGGCAGGUUCGCGACGGGCGAGACGCCCCGCUCGACGACCUCCGCCUCCGAGGCGGACGAGGGCGACGGCGCCGGCGGCGAUGGCGGGACCGGCUUCGACCUGUUCGGGCCGAUCGUCGGCGCCGCGCUAUCGCGGCGCCCCGCAGCGUCGGCGGAGGGCUGGGCGGCGGAGGUGGCGAGGGCCGAGGAGCUCUACGAGGAGCUGCGCGAGCGCGCGCCCCAGCACUGCCGCCGUGGCGGCAAGUGGGCGCGCGAGAAGUUCGUGACGGCGGUGCAGGGAGAGUUCCCGCGCGCGCGAGGGGCAGGCGUUCCCAAGGGGACGAUCCUGUGCCUCGGCAGGGUGCUCGACGCGCACGAUGAGCAGGACGACGCGGAGGGUGGGCGCCGGGAUUGUGAGGAGGACCCGCUCGGGUUCGACACCAACCCGAUGCUGCUCCGCGCCAUGUGCAUGGCGUUCGAGUGA